GAUUCUAUCCCAGAAUGCAUCAGAACAUAUUCACUCUGUAAUGGUUAUGUUCAGAUUUUCUGCCGAUUAUGGUAAACAACGUUAGCUUGAUUUAAACACGAAGGAGUAAACAUUUCAAUGUAUUCUUCAAUUAAAUAGAAUUUCGCCUACACUGAGGAAACCGGCUUGCGUGAUGGCGGACAGCCCCGGAGAUGAUGACUUUGAAGAUUUUGACAAGCCAGGUGCAGAGAGAUCACGCAGGAGGAGAGGCGAAGAUGAUUUAGACAGUGAUCUUGAGAGUGAUUUGCUGGAGGAGGAUUGGCUGACCGCCAAAAAGGAUCCCUCAGAAGCGUCAGAUGAGGAAUUGAACGAUGACCUUCUACAAAGCGAUGAAGAAGAUCUAAACAUUGGCCAGGGCGUUAGCCUCAAUGCUACUCUAUGCGAAUUUGACCAGCAGGUGAACCCCAUAGACUACCCAGAAAAAGGAGAUAUAGAGGGGGGCUACCAACAAGAGGGGGGAGAGUACAUGGGCGAGUACAGCCUGCCCAAUGACAUGGAGAUACCAGACGGCCAAAUGGAAAACUCAGGAGAACAGGCUGGGGGCGACGGAGUGUUAGACAUUCAAAUCAAUGAGCCUCUAGACGAUGAAUUUCAAGCGGAUGAUUACUCACCAAGCUAUGGAGGUGGAGAAAAGCAGGAGGAGCAGGCAGCGCAACAGGAAGCCCCAGAGGAGGAGGAGGUCUCUCAGCUCGCAGACACAGAGGCUGAGAAUGAAGCAGAGCCAAAGGAAGAAGUGAAGGAGGAGGAAGAUGAGGAUGAAGAGGAAGACGACGAUGGAGAGUCUGGCCGGUUGCGUUUCAAAACGGAGCGUAAAGAUGUCACGUCUGGUGUUGUGCGGCUGGCGGAUGCGGGAACCAAAAGACGGAACAUUCCUGAAACAUUAGAGCUGUCUGAAGAGGCCAAAGCAGGCCUGAUGGAGUUUGAGGAGAAGGAGCGCCAGAGGAAGCAGGGCCGCUUUGGAGGCCGAGGAGGAUUCAGAGGUCGAGGAUUAAGAGGGAGGUUCCCCGGAUUUGGUAUGGGAGACUUUGGUGGAGGAAGAGGACGAAUGAAUGACCUGAGGCUCCCAAUGGUGCCUCUACAUAUGGGCAUGCAGCUGUCUCCCUCGAGAAUGACUCCCCCUCACCCACGUCAUCAUCUUCAGCAGCACCAUCGUCAGGGUGGCCCUCGAGGGCCCUCCUUCCAGGAGCACAGCGGCGGCCCGCUGGCCCUACAGCCCCUCCUCCCCCUGCACAUGGCCCAACGGGGGGCACCAGUAAGGCCCCAGACGGACCCACCACACCGCAUGAUGAGUCCCCCUCCCUCACACAACCACCAACAGCAGCAGCAGCCCAAGAACAUCCACAUCAACCCCCAUUUCAGGGGCCCUGCAUCCUCCCCUGCACAAGUGCCCUUGCUGCCUCCUGCCCAGAGCCAGCCCAGACCUGCUGUGGGUCCUCAGAGGUUCCCUCGACCAGGGGACUUCCAGCAACAGCACGUGCCGGGUAAUUUCGGCCAGCCGCCCCAGAGGCCCCCCCAUCACAUGGAGCCCUGGAGGAACCAGCCUCCCCCAACCCCCCAGGACAGAGAGCCCUUCUUCAUCGGGGAGCCAGGGCGGUUCCCAGGGCAGCAGCUGCUCAUGUUCGAUCACCAGAACCCCGGCUUGCUCAUGAACAGUAAUAACCACCAGCUCUCCAGCCAGGGCCACAUGGCCUUCAACCAGCCACGCCCAGGGGGGUUCAACCAGCCAGGCCAGGGUCCAGGGGGCCAGCUAGGGAUGUUCCAGAGAGAGCCACCCAGACCUAACCUGCCUCCCCAGGGCCACCCCCAAAGCCACCAGGGCAUGGCCAGCCUGACUGGGCAAAGUGGACCCACUAACACCAGGCUCUUCAUGGGUCACCGUCAGCCCGGCUUCCCCCAGCAGCAGGGGACUCCCGGGCCGUUCCCCUCACAGCAGCUCCAGUUUGGGAUGCAGGUACGGAUGAGAGGCUUGAUGCAGCACGGCCUUCUCCACUCGCAGCUCCAGCAUCAUGACUUGCCUCUAUCCCAUCAGCAGCAACAUCAGCAGCACCAUAGACAGGACCUGUCUCAGCCGCCUCUCCAGCACCACUCUCACCCCCAUCCCAACGAGCAGCGGCAAGGCCCCAUGAUGCAUCGCGGCGGGCAAGGCCAGCCCCCCUUCCACCAGCAGCAGCACGGCAGCCCCAGACAGAUGCACCCUAGCGGGCCCCGCCCCCAGAACUUCCAGCAGCGUAACGCCCCCAUCAGGCCGAGGAUGAGCCCCCCUGCCCCCAAACUCAUUCCCCAGCGCAACAGCAACCUCCGCGAGCUCCCCGUGGCACCUGGAAACCAAAACGCGAACAACGUCCGCCCGGCCUCUGCGCCAAACGCCUCCAACGUCAGGCCCGUUGCCAGGGCAAUGCAAGGAGGGGCGCGACCAGGCCUGAACCCUCGGCCGGUACCCGGCGGUGGCAGAGGAAGAGCCCAGUCUGCUGCUGCCAACAAGGCUGCAGCACAGCUACCUCGGCCACUUGGAAGAACGGUGGUUCGCAGGGAUUCCACAAGCACUCUGCCAAACACAGCAGUACAGGAUCCGGACGAGGACGAGGAGACGCGGCAGUACCGUCUGAAGAUCGAGGAGCAGAAGCGUCUCCGGGAAGAGAUCCUGAAGAGGAAGGAGAUGAGGAGGCAGAUGCAGGCCAGCGUCCGCAAGAAGGAGCUACUGGAACGCAUCAACGGCCAGGGUGACUCACAACAACAACAGCUGCAACACCACCAACAACAACUGCAGCGUCCGUUUCCUCCUAAACCGCAACAGCCCCAGCAAGGCACUUCUGCUUUCCCUCCCAGCGGCACCCCACAGACGCCCACCGCACUCCGCCAGAACGUCAAGACCCACCUGACCAAGGGUGAGCAAGCACCGGCUCCAGGCUGGCAGGGCGGCCAGCAGGGGAGCAAUACUGGCCCCGGGUGCCCUGGUCCCAACCCUCACCAGCAGGCCCAGUGGCAACAGCAACACGGGCAGCAGAGGAGGAACGUUACCCAGCUGAACCCUAUCAGACCAGGUGGGGCCCCUCCCAUGGGGAACAUGCCCAUUCAGGGAGUCCCGAUGGCGGGUCUGGGUUCCGGCCAGGCCCAGUCUCUGGGGCCUAAAUCAGGAGUGAAGAGAACUGUGAUGCAGCGAGCCAACAGUGGAGAUGGAGCGGGGCCACAAGUACCACAGAAAGUAAGAGUGGUCAAGCUUCUAGGAGGGGGAGGAGAUGUGAGUGGUGCCAGCGCCCCAAUCCAGCAGCAGGCCGACAGGCCAGCCCCCCAGCUCCGCCAGUGCCCAGUGAGGAAGGUAACCCUGGCCAGCCCCCCCGGAGGACUGCCCAUACAGGGCCUGGUCACACAGGGGGGCAGAGGGGGCAUGGGCAACAGGGUGGUUGUCCCGGGGUGUGGCAGAGCCAGCGGGGCCGCGGGAGGGACAGGUCAGCUGGGCCGGGGGCGCCUGAUUCCUACCAGACAGAGCCAGAGAGGGGCAGAGGACAGCCAGGCCUGCACUGUGUCCAUAGACGGCCUCUCCACAUCCACCACCGACGCGCAGCUCCGGAACUUGCUCAACUCAAUCGGCCCCAUCCAGAUGUUCAAAAUGCUGCCCCAGCAGAGGAAAGCCAUUGCCAAAUUUCACAAUCCCCAGCAUGCCUUGAGUUUCCAAGUCAGCUUCAACAGGCAUAUGAUAGAUUUGUCCCAUAUUGAUGUGUCACUGAUUGAUGUCUGAAGCCGCGCGGUAGAGGGUGGCGGCGAGUGCCCAGUGCAGGACGUCACGCCUGACACUCAUGUUGCUUGGAGGUUCCGGUGUACAGAUCCUUCAGCUAUAUGUAACAACAGCUCUAUGGAACACACAGAACCUACACAGCACCCUCAUCCUCCUCAUAACAAGCACCCCCGACCUCCUUGCCUGCUGACGGAUCUACUGAGGAAAACUUCAACACAAAGCAGCAUGUUUUGCUCAUGUUUGAAUUUCCGUAAAGGGGGAGCUUCAAUGCCGGUUUCAUAUGACAAAUAUGUUUAUGGUCACUGGUCUGGACACUUGGACAGACGUGACUAGAGGGAAGAUGCUGGAUAGUCUGUGAUUUUUCAAACUUUGACAGAAGGAAUUUGAGAUGAGUAAAAGGUUUGUGCAUCGGGCACUAACGACAACAAGAAGUAGUGGUUGACACUGGAUAAUGGUUGCUCCCCACCCUCAGCUCAGUUGUGAACACCAUCUAUAUCAACGAUUAGGGAAAAGAGUUUAGGAGAUUUAACUUGUACCUGGAGAUUUUACACAUUUUCUGAACAGGUGUUUUUGAUUCGAGGCAAGCUGCUGAUGUAGGUCUUGACUGAAAGAAACGGGUGUAGAAUAGGUACGAAGCUUGCCACUACAUAUUUUCCUUUCUGGCAGUGCCAUUUUCCUUCUACAAAUGGCAGCAUUUCAUAAUUAUUGUGGAUUGGAUGCGAUGGGUUGACUUUUUGGGUAGAGCCCUUCCUCAAGUAGUGUUUCAUUCCUGAGUAAAUGGCACAGCCUAGUGGAGAAUUUAAUCAAAUAAAAAAUAGAAUCUGGUUUGAGGGUAUGAUUAUGGGGAUUCAAACUUGACCUUGCAUCAGGUAACGAUUCCAAGGAUUUUUAUUCAAAUAGAAUUUAGAUUGAUGAGCCAUGCAAAUAUAGGACGUUCUUAACCUAUUCCUAACAGAAUUUCACAGUUCUGUUAAAGAAAGCCCUUUUGACUGGCCACCAUAUCUUCACCUUUCACUUCUGGAGGAAUACUAGGCUGGAUGACAUGGAUAAAUAGUGUGUAUUUGUUAGGUUUUCUCUACAUUUUAAGGUCAUUGACGUUACGCGGAAAGACUGGUUUAAUUGUCCUUAUGAUGCUAGUGUUGUCCAUUUUGACCGUUUUAGCGUUACUUGAUCAUUGGAAAAAUGUGUACUUUAAUAGGGAGCUGUUAGUUUAGUCUUUUAACUGGGUAAACAUGAAUAGGGUGUCUACGCUUGUGUGGUCUCGGAAUCCGUUUUAGACUUUAUUGACAUUUUUGGGAUGCACCCAACUUUAGUUUUGUGUAUCGUUGGCAUAUUCUGAUUUCAUUGGUACAUGUCAGGUUUAGUGGGUGUGUUCGCUCCAUAGUAAAUUGUCAUUACAGUUACAUUUUAAAAGUUUAUCAGUGUUUCCCUUAGAAUUUGUUUUAGCAGUGGUGGCAACUGUCACAGAAGGUGGGUGGGUGGGUGGGGUCAGGCAAGGAUCAUAAAGGGGUUUAUCUGGUGUUGGGGGGGCGUGGUCAACCCGUUGGCGCAGCUUAAUUCGAUCCAGAAUUGUCGGCGGAGAGACAAAUUUGCGGUUUCUCAGAAAAAUUUCCUGCAAUUCAAUUCUAUAUCACUUUUUGGCAUGGCUGUGUUAAGCUCACACAUAACAAAAGCAAUGGGUACGCCAAUCGGGGCCCCUGGGUAUGUGCCCGGUCAGUAAUCCAGCCAGGCUAAAAAUACUCAAAAAUUCAUAGGACGACUCAAAAAUGUACAAUAUUAACUGUCUAGCUUUUAUUUUUUUCGAUUUCAAGUUCUCAAAGAUUAUAUUAUUAAAUAAUAUAUUUAAAUGAUCAUUUCUAAGUACUUUGUCUGGUUUUUGUCAUUUAAGUUUACACAAAACAUUUACCCAUUCCACUUUUUUAUAUAUAUAUUUGGUGUGGCGGCAACAAUUUAGCAGCGCCGCUGUGAAAUGAAUACAGGGGAAACACUGGGUUUAUGAUUGUCAUGCUACAUUGGUAUAAUGAUUCAAAUGCUGAGUAUGGUUGGUAGUUUUAUAGUCUGUCAACAAAAUAUUUUACAGAUUGAUUGGGGGGGGGGGCUUUGAGGCGUCCAAUUUUUGUAGGGUACAAUUUUUACAUAGCAUCAGAUGUCUUUUAGUUGCCAUAAAUUUAGAUUCUGUAUUGGAUUGCUGAUAUGAUUAUUAUUGGCCGAUACGUUCAGAAGAUUUUUGAUAUGGGUCAUUUAGAAACCGUUGGAAGUUUAGUUUUGUUUCUGAUCAAAUAGAACUCUAACCUGAGCUAGAACUCUUUACGUUCAUUUAAUAGUAAACUUUAGUUUGACUCAAUAGUAAAACAAGGAUACUGGUUUGUUGUUUUUGCAUUAGGCCACAAUGUUGUAGCAGUCUUGCCAAUCUAUGUUUUUUGUUUAGAAUUUUGAUUAGAACACCAAACCGCAAAAGGAAAUGUCAUACUUGUUUUUUUUUUUACUUAAAAAAAACUAAUUUACAAACUCAUUCUAUACUGAGUGCAUACAUACAUACAUACAUACAUACAUACAUACAUACAUACAUACAUACAUACAUACAUACAUACAUACAUACAUACAUACAUACAUACAUACAUCCAUACAUACAUACAUACAUACAUACAUACAUACAUACAUACAUACAUACAUACAUACAUACAUACAUACAUACAUACAUACAUACAUACAUACAUACAUACAUCUUAUUUAUUUUAUAAUUAUUUGUUAAUGAUGGAUUGCAGGUUUACUGAAACCUGGUGCAACAAAUGCAUAUUUGUGUCAAAAGUACCUUUCAGUAUUGUUGAAUCAAGGCUCGGUUAGGUUUUUAUUUUAUUUUGCUUCCAAAAGUGACCAACCUCCUAUAAUAAGAGAUCAGAAUAAAACAGUUGCGGUAUAAUUUCAUUAUUUAGUAUAAUUUAGCGCAGUAUCUGUUCCAUUUGGGAAGGUGUGGGGGCAACCAUUGUCAGUGUAUUAGUAGUCAUGAACAUAACAUCAAACAAUUAGAACUGUCACUGAAUGUUUCACUUUUCCAAACUUUUUGAGUUCUCAUUAUGUGCUUUGUUGUAUCAAGUUAACCUUUUUUAUUUUUAUAAAUGUAUAUAUCUAGAUAUAGAUGUGUGUGUGUGUGUGUGUGUGUCCAGACUUUCGUUAUUCUACAAGUGUUUCAUUUGUAUGGAGAACAAAAACUUGAGAGCCUGGACCAUGUUUCUGUUUGUCGAUAUUUGAAGACGUUUUAAAGGGAAAAUAAAAUAUGGCCUAUAUAUACCAUGAAAAUAUGGUUAUGUGAAGCCGAUUGAACUAUUCUAGCCCACAACUUUGUGUGUCUGAUGUCAAUUUGUCGUUACAGUGAGGUAGCUCAAUUUGGAUGCCAGCUGUCCUUCAUUGUAAUCUAAUCUUUUUCUUACGGUAUCGGUUAGUUUUUAUCCUCCCUGGUUAUUGUCUCUUCCAGUAUACUGACUCCCCUCCCUGUGCUGUUUUACCAAAUCCUUGAACAAUUUCCUGUUGCAUAAUUCAACUUGGGAACUAGGUGUAUCAGUAAGAUUAGGUAACUUUUGAAUGUAGGCUACAUAGUUUGAAUGUAGGCUACAUAGUUUGAAUGUAGGCUACGUAGUUUGAAUGUGGGCUACGUAGUUUGAAUGUGGGCUACGUAGUUUGAAUGUGGGCUACGUAGUUUGAAUGUAGGCUACGUAGUUUGAAUGUAGGCUACGUAGUUUGAAUGUAGGCUACGUAGUUUGAAUGUAGGCUACGUAGUUUGAAUGUAGGCUACAUAGUUUGAAUGUAGGCUACAUAGUUUGAAUGUAGGCUACAUAGUUUGAAUGUAGGCUACAUAGUUUGAAUGUAGGCUACUUAGCUUGAAUGUAGGCUACAUCGUUCCAUUACAUGCUAAUUGGGUACAAUCUGCCAAUAUUUCUGGCAAUGAAUCUUCAUUUUAUUUUUGAAGUAUUUGAGUAUCUUUAUUCAAAGUAUAUGAGUGUAUAUAUUCAUAGUUUACAUUUAAUUACCCCCAUCCUCCCCAACACACAGCACUGAUAAUUCAUUAUUUGAGAUGCCAUAGUAUUAGCUGUCAGCAUAAGGAGCAGAGGAUGGCGCAUGUGUUACCUAGCGGUUUCCUGUACUCCUUGUAAGUCGUAAAGGGCAACAUGUUACAAUUGAGUACAAUUGUAGAGUUUUUUUUUUUUUUUUGGUCACUUCCUGUUUUGGGCUUUCUCUGACUACUGACUGAGGUUUUAUUUUGUUAGAUGUUUGAACUGGCCGCUUCUUUGCACGUUGUUCAAUGUUUUUUUGUGUGCUGAAUUUACAUUUGAAUCCUAUGGAUUUAAAAAGUAUUGGCAAUGCCAUUUUAAGUAAAUUAGUAAAAGAGUAAAAGACAUGAAUGUUAUGUCUUGUAACAGAGAACCAGGUUCAUAUUGGACCUAUUUUUGUACCUUGUUUCUAAGGUGUUUAUUGCCGUUGUACUUACGUGUACUGUAUGAUGAACGUUGUGCUUUUUGUGUCAUCAGGUUUGGAGCACUCUACUUUAGCUGUUUUAAUGUUGAUGAUUUUUUGAGGAAGCUGCAUUAAUUUAGGUGUUAAACAGGAUGCUACAUCUACUGAUUUGACUGAUCUGCUCACAUCAAAUUGUUUGCUAUUGCUUAUUUUAUUUUAAAUGUCAAUGGUUUUCUAAGAUGCAACUACUGGACAUGCUGCUUAAAAUGUUAUCGUGGCCGUUGAGUUGAAGAAGUGCCUGACGUUUUUAAAGAUCUCCGAACUUUGAAACUACUAACGUUUCUUAUUCUUCACUUAGGUUUAUUGGAUGGGCUCCAGAAGCGCAUUGUUUUUUUUUUGUUUGCAGGACCACGGCUGAAUAUCCAUAGUUGACUCCUUUCCUCUUUUCUUUUUUAGGUGUGAUCCCGUGGACUGGCACCUUGCCUCAAUGCUAACACGGUUUGGUUGUUUGCAGGUCCUGUGAGAACACGAUUGACUACUUUUUCUUCUUGAUAAUUCAGUUGAUUUUGCAGCAUGGUUUUGGGCCUCAAACCCCAUUGGCCGUACUUACGCUUCUUCCAUCAACCCCUUUUCCUGUAACCCUAUCCUCCCAAGCUCCAGGGUUGGCAUUGCCUCAGUUGAGGUGUGUUGUUAUUGUGGUUGUUGCUGCUCUUAACCCUCUGUAUCAAGCAGGGGCCCUGUCGGGAUUACCUUUGUUUGUUAGCCCAGUGGAUGGAGGUUAACAUCUCUGUGACGACACCCGGGUUCACAGAUCAGACACGCUUAAAGCCACACGCUUCCACUCCACCCAAGUCAUGCCAGCUAUGCUCGGCAUUCAAAUGUUUGGUUGGAUCAUAAAAAAGACACCACUGAUUUGUUAUACCGUGGACGGUGUGAUAUUGUCACUGAAAAAACUGACUUUAAUUGUUGAAAAUAUACCAAAAUGUAUGUUUCACAUUUGUGUUAAAAGAAAUGUUGAUCAAUCAAGAUUGUACAAACCAACAUUGUUCAAGAAUGUCAGUGUUUGUCUGUGAAAUGUUUGCUUGAGGUGCCUUUGUAAGCGGAGAUGCAACAUGUUGAAAUGUGCUAUUAUUUUUACAAAAUAUACAAGAUACAAUGUGCAUUGUUGAAUAAUUAAGUGAUUCCAUACCUAAAUAAACACCAAUGUAUUUUGUCUUUUGGUUUUCUUUGAAUUAACUUUGAAAAUAAAGAAGUGUGAUUGAUUUA